AUGUCGCUCCUCGAGACCAAGGCCCCGGCCAUCGGGUUCGACAUCGGCAGCUCCGACGGCGUGCACGGCCUGGCGCUCUGCCGUGGGGACGUCCCCAGGACGAUGUGCGCCGAGUGCAUCCGCUCCGCGGGAGCCCAGGCCCAACGCCUCUGCUCGUCCAAGAAGGACGCCGUCGUCUGGCUCGACGCCUGCAUGCUCCGCUACUCCGGCGAGCCGUUCUUCGGCGAGGUCGACGACGACCACAGCGCCGUCGUGCCGGGAGGUGUCCAGAGCGCGGCGAGGUCUGUCCAGUUCGACAACGAGGUCGCCGGCAUGAUGAAGAGGCUCACGAGGACGGCGUACCUCUCGCCGCUGCUGUUCGCCGCCGGGGCAGCCGAGGCGGUCGCCGGGACGCGAAGACUGCACGGGCUCGCGCAGUGCACCAAGGACUGGUCAGGUGACAACCAAACAAGGGGUCUAAAUGUAAAUGGGCCGGUCCGUUUCGAUCGCGACCUGCCCAAGCCCCUAUACGAGACAUCACACCAUCCUCUCCUCUCGUCCUCCCGGUCUAGCCCCCCACCCCCUCCUCCGGCCAUGGCCCCGGUCUCCCACUCCCCUCCUCCGGCCACGGAUCGCGCCUCCUUCCCUGACUGGGUCAUUCUGGACCGUUUCGUGGUAUGCAAGGAUGACGUCCUCACGGACGGCGGCGACUCGACCAUGGCCUCCGGCAGCAACUCGAGGGGAAACAAGUUCCACGCAGAAUUUUGGAUUUCGUUUUGCAUUUUUUUCCGGUCCUGGGCGAAAUAG